UAUGGCCAAGUUUUAAAUAAAUAGCAGUAGUUUCUGUACUCAAACAUCCAACUCUCGUUUUUAGUUAGCAAAAGAUGGCGGCUGCCGGCUUCUUGGUGACUCUUGCUAUUUUUUUGGUUUCAUCAUCAUCAAUUUCGAAUGCUUUUGAUAACGAUCCUUUACAGGAUUUCUGCGUUGCUGUGCCGGAUGCAUCAGCAGCUGUUUUUGUGAAUGGAAAGAUCUGCAAGAACCCAAAACUGGUAACAACUGACGAUUUCGUGGCUAGUGGUUUUAACACUCCGGCGAGUACCAACAAUUCCUUGGGAUUUGGGUAAAAGUGGCUGAUGUUAAUCUAAUACCGGCCUUAACACUCUUGGUCUAACUGUACUUCGUGUUGACUUUGAGCCAGAUGGUGUCGUACCUCCUCACACGCAUCCUCGUGCUACUGAGGCCAUUGUGGUGUUGGAGGGUACAAUCUAUGCUGGUUUUGUCACCUCCAAUCCAACUGAUAACACGAAAAAUAACGUUGUUCGCUAAGAUUUUGAAGCCUGGAGAUGUCUUUGUCUUCCAAUUGGCCUAGUUCAUUUUCAACGAAAUGUGGGGAAAACAAAGGGUAUGGCAAUUGUGGCUUUUAAUAGCCAGAAUCCUGGUGUCAUCACAAUCGGAAACGCAGUUUUUGGGUCAGAGCCGCACAUUGCCCCUGAAGUCCUCACUAAAUCAUUUCAGGUAGACGAGAAAGUAAUUGAGAGUACCUCGAGUCAAAGUUCUAAUGGAGCCUUUUUUUUGUUGUCGUAUCUAGUCAACUCUUUCCCUAUUUAAAUUUAGAUUGAUGUUGAAUGUUGGAUGUCUAUUUUUGCAAAGUUUGCUACAGCAAACUUUUUUCUAGAUUACUUGUUUUUGGUGUUUUCUUUGAUUGGACAAAUCAGUGUAACAAUUAGAGUAUACAAUAAUGUGU